AUGGCGUUUGAGACGUCGCAGAUGCAGUUGAUGGAUAGAAGGGUAGACCUGGGAGGAGGCGCGUGGGUGUUUGGAGUAACGCGACUUCUGCUGUGCUGCGGUGCAUUGGUGGUUGCAAAGCGGCAGCGGAAGUGUCAUGAGAGAAGCGCAGGGAAGAGAGGACGGAGAGACUGUCGAGGGUAUUAUUGCAGUUGGAGGAGGUGCAUUUGCUUUAGUGACGCUGUCUGGGUAAUUGAUGUUGUGGAGUCGGUUUUGGAGUUGAGUGAUGCGGCAUUUGGUUGCGAGAAGGAGUCGGCGAAUGCGUGGGAAAUGAGGGCUGUUUCAGAUGUUGAAUGGUUGGUAUGUGGGAUGCGGGUGCAGUGA